UUUGUUCAUAUUUCUCUAGUGGUUAAUUCAUAGUCAUCGAAUUGCGUACUCGAGCGACGAUACCUUUGUGUGUCGUUUUUUUUUUGCUUAGAGCGAAGGGAGUUCGCUUGCCCAGUGGAUGACAACGCUUAGAGACGAAUUCUUGUUUGUUGAUUUGGCGCGAUUUUAAGCCAGAAAGUACUACUCGUUUACGUAAAAAGAUGGCUACACAGGGGGCUGCCCCUCUUGUGGCAUUGGCAGGAGCCCUCGAUGUUGUUGUAACUUCACCCAACGAAGGUAGCGAGCGUUCGCGACCAAUCCAUACGCUCAGUUUUGUCAGCAGUCGUAUUGAUGGCCCACUUCGAAUGUUUAUCGCACAUACCGCAGGUGUAUAUAUAGCAUUUAAAACGUCUCUAGAAGAAAAAGGCGAUAAGCGUCAGCUGAUCUCGCGAUUCUCAAAAUUGUACCGUUCUGCUUUAGCACAGUUAAAUGAGUCUCGAGCAAGCGAAGGGGCCCCACCGCACGUAUUCCGUGCCGUUGAAAGCGUCUGGCAUCUAUGCGAGAUUUUGAUUUUAGAUCCCCAGCCAGCACCAGGAGUACUAAUUCAGCAGCUUCAACAGUGGGCAGCGGCAUGGAGUUCUUCACCGGCUGGCAAGCGAUCCCCGAAAGCAGUUCCUGGCGAUGAUGGCAAUGAUGAAAGCUUCUGGGAUAACUUUACAACUUUAGUUAUGCUUGGUCAAAUCGAGGACGCUUGCUCAAUGUUACGCAGCCACGGAUCAGGCGAUACCGAAGACUUCGUGCUCAUGACGCAAAUACUUCUGUCGAUGCCACUAUUCGGGCAGGACGUUUACAUGGAGUUUCUAACCAAAUGGAACGAGUGGCAGGAAACUGUCCGUCAACUUGUUCAAGGAGAACGCUUUCAGGAUGAACCGCGAUUUUAUUCGGUAUGCCGACUCCUAUAUGGAAGCCCUCAGGAAUUUGAUCGUCGAAAAGACCUAUGUGAUUCGUGGUUUCAGUUUGUUGUUACGAAAGCAGCAUACUCACAGCCAUUACUCAAAGUGGCAGACCUUGCCAAACUUGCUGAUGAGGUUUUAGCCAGUAAGGACUUUUUCAGCGGAGAUUCUUUAAGCCAGCUGGUGCUUUCUCUUCUGCAUGGAGAUCUACAGGCAUUUACCAGGCUCCUCGCCAACUUGGAUGAUCUCUGGUGGACCGGUGCCCACUUAGUGGAUCUUUUGCGCGAAGGAGGUGACCUUCAGUCACGUAACGUACCUCAUGUAGAAGCGUUGCAUGAACAGUUGCUACGUGACUAUGCUUUAUGUUUACUGUCGCAGAGGCCCUUAUGGCAGACUGGUCUAAUGUACCUUCAUCAUUGCAAGCCCGAAAAUAGGCCAAUGCUUAUUCAGGCUGUUAUAAGCGUUCACUGUUCUACACAACAAAAGGCACUCAAGGUGGCCGCUGUAGCUGAAAAUUUAGGGCUGCCUGAAGCAACUUUCGCCAUUUACCGGAUGCAGAGUGUCAAAUGGCUCAAGAAGAACAAGUUAGAUUCGGCGUUGGUUUGGGCAAUACGCUCAAAAAAUUCACCGCUAGUGUCCCGGGUUGCAGAAAUGCUACUUGAAGACUACUUGCGUUCCGGUACUCUCAUCUGUGCCGACCAAUUACGGGGACUUGGUCAGGAAAUGUUGGUAAGCGAAAGACUAAUGUUUCUAGCAAAAUAUGCUGAAUUUUUACGCCUUCGAGACGAAUGCUGUAACAAUGCUGGGCCGGAUAAUCUCGAAGGGGCAGCACGUGCAGCCGAACUGUUGCUCUUUUUAGUUAAUUCCGAAUGGUCCCCAAGAUUUUUCGUUGUUCGCCUGCUUGAGGAUGCAGUUCAACUGCUCGGAGAUGACAAUCUAGUUCCGCAAAACAUUGCGUACUUGCAGAGGCUAAUGGCUUGUCUACAGAGCACGGUAAAAAGACGUCCCGGUGAACUGAAGAAGGAUCUACUGGAUAAGUUGAACUUCGCAUGUGCGAAAAGGACAGCGCAAUCACUAUUAUAUCUCAUGCAGAUACCUAAUGAAAAUAUUAUGCAGACUUAAUUUCCUCAACCGAUGUUUUAUAAAACAUUCAACAAUGCAGGGUCAUUGUUUAUCAGUUUGGAAAUUCGUAUUCUAUAACGAUGAUAAUGAAUUAUUUUAAUAAAAAAUGAAUGAAGUUAAAAAGAGGACCUGUAGCCGUUAUACCAUGUUUACUGUAUUGUCAAUGCGAGAAUCAUGCCUUUGAAAAAAU